UCGCAGUUUCUCGCUCUCGCCCGCCCUCCGCUCCCUAGCUUGCUCGCGCUUUUGCUCGCGCUCUCCUCGCGGAUCGAAGGGACUGUAGCAACAGCCUGUGGCUGGGAAGGGCGACAGAGGCGGCGGUUCAGGAGAAACGAAGCUGCAGUGGUGGUGGUGGUGGGAAGAUGUCGGGCGAGGACGAGCAGCAGGAGCAAACUAUCGCCGAGGACCUGGUCGUGACCAAGUAUAAGAUGGGGGGCGACAUUGCCAACCGGGUACUUCGGUCUUUGGUGGAAGCAUCCUGUUCAGGUGUGUCGGUACUGAGCCUGUGUGAGAAAGGUGAUGCCAUGAUAAUGGAAGAGACAGGGAAGAUUUUCAAAAAAGAAAAAGAAAUGAAGAAAGGUAUUGCCUUUCCCACCAGCAUUUCAGUAAAUAACUGUGUAUGUCACUUCUCCCCUUUGAAGAGCGACCAGGACUAUAUUCUCAAGGAAGGUGACUUGGUAAAAAUCGACCUUGGAGUCCAUGUGGAUGGCUUCAUCGCUAAUGUGGCUCACACUUUUGUGGUUGAUGUAGCUGUGGGGACCCAAGUAACAGGGCGGAAAGCAGAUGUCAUUAAGGCAGCUCACCUUUGUGCUGAAGCUGCCCUACGCCUGGUCAAACCUGGAAACCAGAACACACAAGUGACAGAAGCCUGGAACAAAGUUGCCCACUCAUUUAAUUGCACACCAAUAGAAGGUAUGUUGUCACACCAGUUGAAGCAGCAUGUCAUCGAUGGAGAGAAAACCAUUAUCCAGAAUCCCACAGACCAGCAGAAGAAGGACCAUGAGAAAGUUGAAUUUGAGGUACAUGAAGUAUAUGCUGUGGAUGUUCUCGUCAGCUCAGGAGAGGGCAAGGCCAAGGAUGCAGGACAGAGAACCACCAUUUACAAAAGAGACCCUUCUAAGCAGUAUGGCCUGAAAAUGAAAACUUCUCGUGCCUUCUUCAGUGAGGUUGAAAGGCGUUUUGAUGCCAUGCCUUUUACUUUAAGAGCAUUUGAAGAUGAGAAGAAGGCCCGCAUGGGUGUGGUGGAGUGCGCCAAACACGAACUGCUACAACCAUUUAAUGUUCUCUAUGAGAAGGAGGGUGAAUUUGUUGCCCAGUUUAAAUUUACAGUUUUGCUUAUGCCCAAUGGCCCCAUGCGGAUAACCAGUGGUCCCUUUGAGCCUGACCUUUAUAAGUCUGAGAUGGAGGUCCAGGAUGCAGAGCUCAAGGCCCUCCUCCAGAGUUCGGCAAGUCGGAAAACCCAGAAAAAGAAAAAAAAGAAGGCCUCUAAGACUGCAGAGAAUGCCACCAGUGGGGAAACUUUAGAAGAAAAUGAAGCUGGGGACUGAGAAACCUGAGUCGGAAGCUCCACUGUGGUUUUGUUCCCUGUUUGAAAUAUUUUGACCUCCCUUUCUUGAAAGACCUGGAACCAGAGGAGCAGACUGAUUGAAGAGACAAAACUCCUGGCUUUCUGAAGCUGUGGACUUGGAUGAAUUGCUAGGGGUUUGGAGAGAAAGGUGAUGAAUUUCAGUACCUCUGGCAUGCUGUCCCAGGGAACUAGGGCUCCUGCUAACUUACAAGGUUUUUAAACACAUUGAAAAUGACAUGGCGUUAAAAUAAAUUUGGAUUUGCUCAUAA